AUGAGCUCGACUGAAAUCCCUUCCGAUCCUUCUAUUCAAAGAGGCUUCAAUGGAGCGAUCAUCACCCAGGAACGGCAUAUCCCACCCUUUGUCUUCGCCUUUGAAAUCACCUUCCACCUUGACAAGUGGCCUUCAUUCCUCAAGAACGUCAAGCCCCCAAAGCAUUUCCAUCCACAUCAGGAAGAGUACAUAGAAGUCAUAGAAGGGAAAUUGUGCGUUGAUGUUGGGAACCAACAGUACACGCUAACCCCCCAGAGUGGACGAUUCUGUAUUCGUCCGUGGGUUAAUCAUCGAUUGUAUCCGCCUUUAUUUCCUGCACAGCAGCGUUCAAACGAUGAUAUGAUAUCAUCUAGAAGCGGUGGGAUAAUACGAUUUUUAUUAUCCGGGCAGGAUACUGUGGAGACAUUCAAGCUGGAUAUAUUGUUUUUCAUGAAUUGGUACGGAUACCAGGAGGAGACAGUAGUUGUGGGCAAGAAUGUCGAUAUUUUACAGGUCAUGUCGAUUUUCGAUGCUGGGGGCUCCUAUCUGUCACUGCCAGAGUGGGUGCCCUUCGGGUCAGUCAUAGCAAUGGGGAUGGGGAUUACGCUCGGCGGUUGGCUGGGUAGCUUACUUGGAUAUCAGCCUUACCAUCGUAAAUGGACCCGAAGCUUUGAUUGGGAUCUAGCAUGCGAUCGUAUGGAAAAGACUUUGUUUCAAAGGCGGUUUGCUAUAAGGGAGACGAAGAUCGAUUGA